CAGCCCGGCUUGCUGCCUUGCGGCGCCGGCCCUUCCUCAUGCUGGCACCCCCGACCUCCGAGACUGCAGUCCCCAUGUCCCAGGCGGAGGCCGACCUGGGCCUGCGGCCCCCGCCGCCUCUCGCCGCCGCCGCCGCCGCCGCCGCCGGUCCGCCCCGCCUCGGGCCCCCUCCUCGCCGGGCGCGCCGCUUCUCCGGGAAGGCUGAGCCCCGGCCGCGCUCUUCCCGUCUCAGCCGCCGAAGCUCCGUCGACUUGGGACUGCUGAGCUUGUGGUCCCAGCCAGCUUCACCCGUUCCGGAGCCCCCUGAUCCUCCGGACUCCGCUGGUGCCGGCCCCGCGAGGAGCCCACCGCCUAGCCGUCCAGAGCCCCCCGAGGGCACGUGGACUGGGGGAGCCCCGGUGAAGGCUGCAGACUCCACGCGUCCAGAGCUCCCGGGCUCCACAGGGGGCCCCGGGGGCCGGGAUCCGCAGACUGCCCCCGAAGCUGCGGCUCGGGAGCGGCAGCGGGAGCAGGAGGAAAAGGAGGACACGGAGACCCAGGCAGUGGCAACAUCCCCGGAUGGCCGAUACCUCAAGUUUGACAUCGAGAUUGGACGUGGCUCGUUCAAGACGGUGUAUCGAGGGCUGGACACUGACACCACGGUGGAGGUGGCCUGGUGUGAGCUGCAGACUCGGAAACUGUCUCGAACCGAGCGGCAGCGAUUCUCUGAGGAAGUGGAGAUGCUCAAGGGGCUGCAGCACCCCAACAUCGUCCGCUUCUACGACUCGUGGAAGUCAGUGCUGAGGGGCCAGGUUUGCAUUGUGCUGGUCACCGAACUCAUGACCUCCGGCACCCUCAAGACAUACCUGAGGCGGUUCCGCGAGAUGAAGCCACGAGUCCUUCAGCGCUGGAGCCGCCAGAUCCUCCGGGGUCUUCAUUUCCUACACUCCCGGGUACCCCCCAUUCUGCACAGGGAUCUCAAGUGCGACAACGUCUUUAUUACGGGCCCUUCCGGUUCGGUCAAGAUUGGGGACCUGGGCCUGGCCACGCUCAAGCGGGCCUCCUUUGCCAAGAGCGUGAUCGGGACCCCUGAGUUCAUGGCUCCUGAGAUGUACGAGGAAAAGUACGAUGAGGCCGUGGACGUGUACGCGUUCGGCAUGUGCAUGCUGGAGAUGGCGACCUCGGAGUACCCUUACUCAGAGUGCCAGAAUGCCGCGCAAAUCUACCGCAAGGUCACUUCGGGUAAUGCCCCGCACUUUACAAAAACUGGCAUGCAGGAAGACAUGUUCAAGGGCACAAAGCCAAACAGCUUCUACAAGGUGAAGAUGCCGGAGGUGAAGGAGAUCAUUGAAGGCUGCAUCCGCACGGAUAAGAACGAGAGAUUCACCAUCCAGGACCUGCUGGCUCACGCCUUCUUCCGCGAGGAGCGCGGCGUGCACGUGGAGCUGGCGGAGGAGGACGACGGUGAGAAGCCAGGCCUGAAGCUCUGGCUGCGCAUGGAGGACGCGCGGCGCGGGGGGCGCCCGCGGGACAACCAGGCCAUAGAGUUCCUGUUCCAACUGGGCCGGGACGCGGCAGAGGAGGUGGCGCAGGAGAUGGUGGCCCUGGGUUUAGUCUGUGAAGCUGAUUACCAGCCAGUGGCCCGUGCAGUACGUGAACGAGUUGCUGCUAUCCAGCGAAAGCGUGAGAAGCUGCGCAAAGCUAGGGAGUUGGAGGCCCUACCCCCUGCACCAGGACCUCAAGCAGCAACUGUCCCCAUGACUCCUGGUCCCCCCAGUGUCUUCCCCCAUGAGCCUGAGGAGCCAGAGGCAGACCAGCACCAGCCUUUCCUCUUCCGCCAUGCCAGCUACUCAUCUACCACCUCGGAUUGCGAGACUGAUGGCUACCUCAGCUCCUCCGGCUUCCUGGAUGCCUCAGACCCUGCCUUUCAGCCCCCUGGGGGGGUGCCAUCCAGCCCCGCUGAGUCCCAUCUCUGCCUGCCCUCGGCUUUUGCCCUCUCCAUCCCACGUUCUGGCCCUGGCAGCGACUUUUCCCCGGGAGACAGCUAUGCCUCAGAUGCAGCAUCAGGCCUUAGUGAUGUGGGAGAAGGGAUGGCAUGCAUGAGGAGACCCCCAGGGAGAAAUCUCCGGCGCAGACCGAGAUCCCGGCUGCGGGUCACUAGUGUCUCAGACCAGAAUGACAGAGUGGUUGAGUGCCAGCUACAGACCCACAAUAGCAAGAUGGUGACCUUCCGAUUUGAUCUGGAUGGGGACAGCCCAGAGGAGAUUGCAGCUGCCAUGGUAUAUAACGAGUUCAUUCUGCCCUCGGAGCGAGCUGGCUUCCUGAGCCGUAUUCGGGAGAUUAUCCAGCGAGUGGAGACCCUAUUGAAGAGAGAUACUGGCCCUGUGGAGGCUGCUGAGGACCCCCUGGGCCCCCAGGAGGAGCCAGUACCAUUGCCUGCCCUUUCAAGCCCCCUUCCAGACCAAUCCUGUGCAGAGCUCCAGAGCAGCACUUCCCUGGAGCAGCGGAGCUGGGCAGCCUUCUCUACCUCCUCAUCUUCUCCUGGAACCCCCUUGUCUCCUGGAAACCUGUUUUCCCCUGGAACCCCUGAAACCCCUGUUUCCCCAAGUCCCAUCUUCCCCAUCACUUCUUCCCCAUACCCCAGCCCUUCCCCUUUCUCCCAAGUCUCUUCAAAUCUCCCCCAACACUCCCCCAACUCUCUGCUUGGAUUCUCUCCCAGUGCUGCCCAGUUCCCUGUCCCAACCUCUCAUUGUCUGCAGAGCUCCAUCCUCCCUUCACCUGCCUCCUCUCCCAGUUGUUCCCAGUCGGCUCUUUCUCCCCCUUCCUUCCUCUCCUGCCCUUCCACUUCUCCCCUCCCCUCCACCACUGCAGCCCCUCUCCUCUCUCUGGCUAGUGCCUUCUCGCUGGCUGUAAUGACUGUGGCCCAGUCCCUGCUGUCUCCCUCACCUGGGCUCCUGUCCCAGUCCCCUGUGGCCCCUCCUGGUCCCCUACCUAGCCUGCCCCUGCCCGCUCCCCCUGCGGCUUCACCUCCAACAGCUGAGAUGGAGAGUGAGGCCCCACCAAAUCCUGCUCGGCCGCUCCUGGGUGAAGCCAGACUAGCACCCAUCUCUGAAGAGGGAAAGCCACAGCUUGUGGGGCGUUUCCAAGUGACUUCAUCCAAGGAACCGGCUGAGCCUCUUCCCCUGCAACCAGCACUCCCAACUCUCUCCAGUUCCCUGAAGCCUCCAACCCCUCAGCUGACCUCAGAGAGCUCAGACACAGAGGAUAGUGCUGGAAGUGGGCCAGAGGCCAGGGAGGCUCUGGCUGAGAGUGACCGUGCAGCUGAAGGCCUAGGGGCUGGAGUUGAGGAGGAAGGGGACGAUGGGAAGGAACCCCGAGUGGGGGGCAGCCCCCCACCCCACAGUCAUCCCAGCCCGGUAUGGAUGAACUACUCCUACAGCAGCCUGUGUCUGAGCAGUGAGGAAUCCGAGAGCAGUGGGGAGGAUGAGGAAUUCUGGGCUCAGCUGCAGAGCCUUCGGCAGAAGCACUUGUCAGAGGUGGAGGCACUACAGACACUACAGAAGAAGGAAAUUGAGGACUUGUACAGCCGGCUUGGGAAGCAGCCCCCACCGGGGAUAGUGGCCCCAGCUGCGAUGCUGUCCAGCCGCCAGCGCCGCCUCUCUAAGGGCAGCUUCCCCACCUCCCGCCGCAACAGCCUGCAGCGCUCCGAGCCCCUGGGCCCGGGCAUCAUGCGAAGGAACUCCCUGAGUGGCAGCAGCACCGGCUCCCAGGAGCAGCGGGCAAGCAAGGGGGUGACAUUCGCCGGGGAUGUUGGCAGGAUGUGAAUUCAGAACAGAAGCCAUGCGUCUCCCCCACACCAGGGCCCACCAUGGAGCUUGUACACUCAGAAUCUGCUGACCAACACAACUGUGCAAGAAGACCCCAGUACUGAGGGAGUAAAAAGCUUUCAAAGGGGCAUGGAGAGUCCUGCUUCCAUAGGAAAGAGCCAAACAUGUGGGAACUAUUUACUAUAUAUAGAAGGUAUCAGUUCUGCAGCCAACCAUCCUCAUGCCUCCACCUCCCCAGGCAAGGGUCAACCACUAAGCAAUCCCACUCAAGCCCUGAUGCUUCUAGAGGGCAUACUCCCAGCUGACCAAGUGUAUGGGGUGUACUCACACUAGACUUAGCAACAGCCAAUAAAAAUGCUGGAAACUAGGA